AUGGCAGGUCAGUCACGCGAGAAAAAAACAUCUCUGCUCGUAUUUGUUGGUGUUGACGAAGUUUUGAUCUUUUUUUUUCAUUGCCGUGCUUCGGUGUCAUUCAGAUUUGAAAUCAAGAUGAACCCGAAUUCGGCCUUUGAAGUAGACCCAUUGGCAAACUAUGAAUAUCAGACCUAUGGCAAUUGUGCUCCACCACCACCAAACAGCAAUCUGGGACCAUACCAAACGGCCAAUGAGCCAUACUACAACUAUCAUAUCAAAACCGAACCAUAUUUAUUUCCUAGGGACUGCGACAAUGGUCACAAUAAUGAAUUAAGCAGUAACAGUACCGAAACUAAAGCCAAUGUAGCAGACAACACAAGUAAUUUUAGUAUAAGCCAACUUAAUGAGUAUCCUAAUGAUGUGAAAGAGAAUACCGCAGAAAAUUUAAAUGUAAACAGUCCACCAGUCGCUAGUAAAAAAAUUAAGAAGGAAUGCAAGAAUGGUCAAAGAAGCAAUUAUAUGUCGGAGAAAAUAGCUGACAGCGAUUUCCCUUUUUAUGGAUGCGCAGUGUGCAACAUUAGUUUCAAGCUAUUAGGCGACUUGGACCGUCAUAUCGCCACCCACAAGGAGAGAAUAACUAGCUAUGGGCUCCGAAUAAAGAAUCAAAUAAAGAGGAAAAAGCUGCGCAAAGAACAGAAGAAGUUGAAAAAGUUAAUGAAAGUAAAGAAGGAGAAACAGGUUAAAAUAGAGAUUGAGAUCAAACCUGAAGAUGGAUACAUAGGGGACACAAAGGUAGAAGACUGUAAACCUGAAGUGGACACAUGCAAUUACUACCAAUAUCCCGUUGCGGAAUCCAAAGAUAAGAGCAUAGCAGAUGUAAACCAGUUCGGUAAAAAAAAUCAGUCUGAAUGCAAAGAAAAUGAGAACAUAGGAAAGUCGAAAGACAAAACUUUACAACCUGGAGAUUACAACCUGGAGAAGAUGUUCAAGUGUUUCGCUUGUCAGAAGCAGUUUACGUUGAGCUAUUACCUGAAAUUGCAUGUCAGGUCUCAUACAGAUGAAAAACCAUACACAUGUGCCGAGUGUGGUCAGUGCUUCAUCACCGCUAGCAAGCUGGGCAGGCACAACAAACGGAUACACCUGGCCAUCAGACACCAGUGCAGGAUCUGUUAUAAGUAUUUCUCCAGGUUUGAAUAUUUGACCAGGCACUUUGAUAAGAAGCAUCCGGAAGAUAAAUUGGAAGGGGAGCCAUAUGAUUACAACGCGAUCCUGCCGUACCUUAAGGAGCUGGAGGGGCAGCUGGCGAAGCCCGAGCCGCCGGCGGAGCCCGAACCCGCGCCAGGGUCCAACCUGUGGGACGACUGGCCCGCGGAGCAGCCGCCGGUGAGCUACGUGGCGGAGCCCUGCCGGGUGGACGGCGAGCCGGUGAUCGUGGCGAAGCCCCUGGACGCCGGCGGAGCGCCCGAGAGCGUGGAGAUCCUCGUGGACGCGCCGAACCCUCAGUUCGAGGUGGAGUUCGAGGUGAAGAAGGAGGAGCUGGAGGAGGAUGGAGCUGAAGGCGCGGACAGCGUUAAGGAAGAAAGCUUCUCCGACGAGGACUACUUCCCGUCGGACACGUGGGCGGCGUCGCCCAAGCCCGCGGAGCCGGAGCCCCCGCCGAGGGCGAAGCGCCCGCGCGCGGAGGCGCCCGUCAGCUGCCACGUGUGCCAGAAGAGCAUGAGCUCGCCGUCCUACCUGCGCGUGCACAUGCGCACGCACACCGGCGAGAGGCCCUUCAAGUGCCACGUCUGCGGGCGAGGGUUCAUCACCUCCAGCAAGAUGCACCGACACGCGCUCACGCACAACGGCAGCUGGGAUGACGCCUCACAAAAAGUCAAGCAAGAGAUUAAGACGGAGACAGAGGGCGAAGAAGUCAAGAAAAGAAAGAAACGCCCCAAAGAGGAGCCUGGAGCCGAGGGUGAGAGUCAGCCGGGCCGCAGACGGAAGAGGCCCCACGCCUGCGACUUCUGCGGCAAGCGGUUCCUGCACCUGGAGACCCUGCAGGUGCACAGGAGGUGCCACGACGGGGAGAGCCCCCCCCUCAAGUGCCGCUUCUGCCUGGCGAGCCUCGGCGAUGCUGCAGCCCUGGAGGAGCACGAGAAGACCCACGACGGACCCAGGCCGUACCUGUGCACGCUCUGCGGCAAGGGCUACAAGAAGCGGGAGACUAUGGUGUACCACCGCAAGCAGCACAGCGCGGAGAAGCAGCACUUGUGCGGCGUGUGCCGCAGGGCGUUCGGCUCCCGGGCCAAGCUGCGCCAGCACGCGGCGGCGCACCGGCCGGGCCGCUACGCGCUGCGCUACGAGUGCCCGGUCUGCGCGCACCUCUUCAACACACAGUACCACGUCAAGAUGCACCUCGCCACGCACCAGAGGGAGGGGCUGAUAGUCGAGGAGAACCGGAGCGAGAUACUAGCGAUGGUGCUGCAGAACGCGAGACGGAUCCCCAAGCACCCUGAGGCGGCGCAACCGGACGAGGCCGAGGCGGAGGGCGCGACAGAUGGCAGGAGCCGCAUGUGCAACAUCUGCGGCCAGGUGUUCCAGCAGUUCCAGCACCUCGAGGAGCACCUGCGCAGCCACGGGGACCGCAUCGCCCUGGAGGAGGAGGACGAGGUCAAGAAGCACGUAUGCCAGGUCUGCAACAAGAGCUUCAAGCUGCACUACUACCUGAAGCUGCACAGCUUUACGCACACCAAGGAGAAGCCGUACAUAUGCCAGCAGUGCGGCAAGGGCUUCAUCACCAGGGGCAAGCUGAAGCGCCACCUUGAGACGCACAGCGGGCUCAAGAAGCACCAGUGCCACAUCUGCCACAAGUUCUUCACGCGGCCCAGCUACCUCAGGAUCCACGUGCGCACGAUCCACGGCACGCAGGACUUCAACUUUCGAUUGGAGAAGUACGCGCCGCGGCUGGGGCAGUGCAGUGCGGAAGUGUCG